UGGCCCUAACCACAUUUGCAAAAACAAACAGCUCCACAUGUUGUUGUUAACAGAGGAAGAAAUGACGGGAUUAGAGGGUGUUCAAGACAAACCUGAGACCAAUGAUGAAAUGGGGGCUGCAAAGGGGCAAGUUUUGCAACUCUCCUUGUGCACCAUGGCUGGGAUCACUACAAAGAAGUCCUGGAAGUUAUGGGGUAGUAUUGGGUCUGAACGAGUAGUGGUGUUGCUGGAUUGUGGUGCAUCCUACAACUUUAUUUCUUCCAGCCUUAUUUCUAGAUGUGGGCUGCAACAGGAAGACACACCUCCAUUCGUGGUGGAAGUUGGUGAUGGCCACAAGGUACGGUGCCAAGGUAAAUGCCAAGGAUUUUUAUUGGAUUUACAGGGGUUCCAGGUUCAACAACAAUUUUUCGUCUUUGAUUUGAGUGGGGCAGACAUUGUGUUGGGGCUGGAAUGGCUGGCUAGCCUUGGGGAGGUCAAGGCAGAUUUUGGUCAGUUAAAAUUAACCAUCAGGAAGGGUGAUACAGAGAGGCUUAUCACAAGAGAUCCAACUUUAUCAAAAUCGCAGUCUUCCUUGAAGACUCUACUGCACGAAUGGCGAAACGAAGGAUCGUGUUAUCUGCUAAAAUGGGGAGAAGAAAAGGAGGGCAGCCACACUCUAGAUAUCCCUGCUACAUUGCUUCCAAUUUUAGAGCUCCACGAGACAAUUUUUCAAGAGCCCAUAGGCUUACCCCCUAGCCGCAAUCAUGAUCAUGCUAUUCACCUCCAGCAGGGAGCCACAAUCCCUAACCUCAGACCCUACAAAUACUCCCAUCAGCAGAAAAAUGAAAUUGAGACCUUGGUACAAGAGAUGCUUCAUGCUGGGAUUAUUAGACCUAGCAUCAGUCCGUAUUCAAGCCCCAUAAUUUUGGUUCGAAAAAAGGAUGGGGGGUGGCAAUUUUGUAUCGACUAUCGGGCUUUGAACAAAGUUACCAUCCCUAAUAAAUUCCCAAUCCCUGUAAUUGAGGAAUUAUUGGAUGAAUUAGCUGGGGCUGUGCUCUUUUCGAAAUUAGAUUUGAAAUCCGGGUAUCACCAAAUUUUGAUGAGGAAAUGUGAUGUUGAGAAGACUACCUUCCGAACUCAUGAAGGCCAUUACGAAUUCCUAGUCAUGCCCUUUGGGUUGACUAAUGCACCAGCUACAUUCCAAUCCCUAAUGAAUGACAUUCUCAAGCCCUAUCUACGGAAAUCAGUGCUGGUCUUCUUCGAUGAUAUUUUGGUUUACAGCCCCACCUUAGAGCAGCAUGCAACUCAUUUGACAGAAGUUUUGCAAGUGCUGCAACGUCAUCAAUUGCGAUUGAAUAAAAAAAAUGCAGUUUUGGGCAAGCUAGUUUGGAAUAUUUGGGCCAUAUUAUUUCUAGUAAAGGGGUAG